AUGACCACAGCACUGACAAAAGGAUAUCGUAAAUUCAAAGCGAUUGCCAUAGCAACAGAACUGGAAGAGCCAACAAGUCCCUGUGGAAUGUGUCGACAAUUUCUUAUAGAAUUCGGUGACUUCAAGGUAUUGUUGUUGUACAUGCAGUUUACGAGAAAGAGAAAAUCAAGAAAGAAUGUAUGGAAAACAAAAACCCUUCAGACUAGCAACAAAAUGAGACCAAUCCCUUUAUGA